ACCGCCACCAUGCAGCCCUCCCCCUCCCACCAGGAGGAGCCUGCCGGGCCCGGCCCCAACUGCACCGUGGCACCCAACGCCAGCAGCCUGGCAGGGGGGACCCGGCUCUUCUCCCAGUUCGCCCGCCUGGACGGGGACCUCCACCAGGACUUCCCCGGCCUCUGGGUGGGGCUAGUGGCCGUCAACGCCCUGAUCUUCCUGGUGGGGGCCGUGCUCAACAGCCUGGCCCUCUACGUCUUCUGUUUCCGCACCAAGACCAAGACCACGUCCGUCAUCUACACCAUCAACCUCGUGGUGACCGACCUGCUGGUGGGUCUGUCCCUGCCCACACGCUUCAUCAUCUUCUACGGCACCCGGGGCUGCGAGCGCUGCUCCUUCGUCCACAUCUUCGGCUACUUCGUCAACAUGAACUGCAGCAUCCUGUUCCUCACCUGCAUCUGCGUGGACCGCUACCUGGCCAUUGUGCAGCUGGACGCCUCGCGCAGGUGGCGCACGCCUAGCUGCGCCAAGGGCAUCUGCGCCUGCAUCUGGCUCCUGGCCGCCGCGGUGACCGCCUCCACGCUGACCACAGCCGCCCCACCCGACCCCUGCUGUGGCCUCUUCGCCCUGACCGUUUUCGAGUAUUUCCUCCCGCUGGUCACCAUCACCUUCUUCACGCUGCGCAUCAUGUGCGCCCUGUCCCGGCCCAGCCUCAUGCGCCAAAGCCGUGAGCGCCGCAUGCGGGCCGUUCAGCUGCUGCUGUCGGUGCUGCUCAUCUUCACGCUCUGCUUCACGCCGUUCCACGCGCUCCAGGUGGCCGUGACGGUGCAGCCGGCCGUGCCGCGGCCCGUCAGGCUGGUGGCGCACCACGUCACCGUCACGCUGAGCAGCCUCAACAGCUGCCUGGACCCUGUCGUCUACUGCUUCGUCACCAACAGCUUCCAGGCCACCGUGCGGGGCCUCUUCCGCCGGCCCGAGCCUGAGCAGAGCAGCGGUGAUGCCGUCAGCAUGCACAAGAGCUCCAGGGGCUCCGCCAGCCCUGCUACCCUCGCGCCCGACCCCCGCGGGGGCCUGACUCCGGCGGGGGGAACGACUUCCCGCCCAGCUGCUUACUGAGCCCUCCUCAUCAGGCGGCCGAGGAGCGAGCGGGCCGGCCCGGGGGUGAGCAGGCCGGCCCGCUCCUGACCCGGCGGGGCCCCUCCCAGCCCCUCGGGGUCACUGUUCUGCCCCACGACCUGCCAACCCCACCUCCGUGGGGGCCCCGGGGGAGGUGGGGGACCUGGCGGCUCCUCGGGGUCUUGAGGGACUUUGGCUUAAGGAGGCGAGAUGGGCACAGAUGGGCGGGAGCCCGGGGACGUGACACGCCCCGGAGCCUCCUGGUCCCUGGACGUUGCAGCCUGGACCUUGGGACAUCUUUCCCGGAUGUCUCCAGCUGGGGGUUUGGGGUGGGAGGUGUCUUGAAGGCCGGAGGUGGCUGGAUUGCCCUUGGCUCUCCACACCCUCAGGAGCGGGACAGAGGGGACUGGAGAGGCCUGAAGAAGUGGGUGAGGGGACAAGAUGAGGGAAUUGGGGAGCUCCAGCCUUUAGCUUGCCCAGAACAGGCCCUGCCAGCCGCUCAGCCCACGGCUCGGCUCCCUGGGCUGGUGCAGCUGACUGGAAGGAACCGUUCCGGCCUCAGGGUCAUUUUUAGGAGGCAGAGCGGGCCUGUGCUAGAUGUCUCCCUGUCCCUCCUGCCCUGGCACUGGCUCCUGUCCCUUCCCCUCUUGCUCCCUGGAGCUCAGAGGGUCCCACAACUGAGGGGAAGGGCUCCAAGAUCGGGCCUGAGCACCUAGCAGACAUCUGGGAUGGCGGCAACCUCCAGCCCUCUGCUCCUCACUGCCCCUUGCCCCCGGGCACCCCCCACCCAGGCCAGGAUAUAGUAUGUCCCCCAUUGGCCAACCCCAGAGCGAGGGCGCUUUGGCUACAGCAGCUAGAGGGGCAGGGGGAUAUUGGCUGAAAUAUUUGUAGGAACAUCUGCCAGUGGCCCUUCAGGAGGCCAGUGGAUGCUCGCAGCCUCACCCCAUCCAGGCAGGCGUAGGCUCCUCGUCCUGCCUGGUUGCCUGAGAAAGAGCAGGGGAGUCUCUCUCAGCUGCAGGGUCCCACCGAGGGCUGUCCGGGACCCGCCUAAGACCACCAAGGAAAGGUCAAAUGAUCCGGCCAGCAGCUCGAAGCGCACCAUCCCACAGGGGACCCAAAUGACCGAUGGCUCGGCCCUGGACUGAACUGGACGGCCAGGGGACUGAUGAAGUGGUCAGGGCUUCAUGGGCUCGAGCCAGAGAGAAGGGCAGACUGGGUGUGGGGAUGGUCCCAUCCUUGGGCAGCCCCCCUUGCACCCCAUCAUUCUGGUGGGGCUUCCUGGGCCUGAGGCUCAACUGGGACUGGGUCGGCCAGGGACUGGCCAGCCCAGCCCUACCCAAGGGAAGCUGCCCCCUCCGUUCCUCGCUCGCCCCCUUCACUCGCUUUCCAUAAAAAAAAAUGCAGUGUCCCGGGUAUUUAUAUCUGAUGUAAACAAUUCUCAUAACAACAUGUCCUGCAUUAAAGCUGUUUACCCAUCCCAA